GUGCCCUUCAGUUCGUCUGUAACACUGUGCCCACGAGUGUCGAGCUUAUAUCGUACCGUGCGCCGUGCGUAGAUCUACCGCCUUUUGUUGUUGUUGUUGUUGUUGUUGUGUGUUGCUGUUUGUUGAAAACUGUCUCGCACCGAAUCGGGGUGUAAAUUCGGGGUGCCGUAUCGCUCCGGGCCGUCGAAAAAAAAAACCGACAGAAAAGAGAACAUAAAAAGGCGAAUUUUUUUUUUGUUUUUCUCACGUGCGCGCGUGUGUGUGUAUUACGUUGCUGGUGGUGCGCCGGGUUUCCGUUUUCGCAUAUACACCUGUCAAAUACAGGCGACGACAUCCAUCAAACGCAGUGUGUACCGUGUAUGUGUGUGUGUGUGUGUGCUAUGUGUUUUAUGUUACAUUAGUGUCCGAUGUGUACGUGCGUGUGUAGUGAUCAAGCUAGAUAAAGUUUCAACACACUGCGAGUGAUCUAAUCGCACAACCACCAACCCGUACGACACAACUGCUGCUCCGGCAACAGCGAGCGUGCGAAAGAAAGCGAGAGAGAGAGAGAGCGAACGUCUUAUCAGCGACUAGCGGCUUACGCGCUCUCCUUCCGACACACGGCCGGCCUGCGCGUUCUAUCCGACUGGUGUGUGCCGGUGCGUGCGUGUGUGUGUGUAUUGGGGGAGCCGGGAAAGAUCUACACGCAUCCGCAACCGCGGCGACCUGAAGUUUUUUUCGCUGGGUUUUUUUUCUCUCUCCUCCGUUCGUUCGCUUCAUUAGAGCGGGACCUUUGGCGUGUUAAUUAAGCAAUCAGACCGAAAGCCAGCCGGACGGACCACCAGCAGCAGCAGUAGUAGAGAGCCUGUGGAAGACCAGCAGAACACUUCCUCCCCGUACCAGACAAGUAGUUAGGGCGCGCGCGGCUGUGUGCAAUCCGUCGACGAGCUCUUUUGAGUUUUUGGUGCAGUAAGGCAAAUAAACACUAAACGGCAAGAUGUCACUGUGGGCGCGUGUGAAUCAACUACCCCAGCCGAUACUGGAGCAGAUACGCUUCAUCUAUGGUAGCAACUUCCCGAUCGAGGUGCGCCACUAUCUAGCAGAUUGGAUCGAAGAACGAUUGCUCAAUGCACCAGUCUACACGAACGAUCAGGAAGCGGUGUACGAGCAGGAUGCGGCCAACUUUCUUAACCAGCUGAUCAUGGAGCUGGAGCGGACCGCGAUCAAUCUGCCGGAGACGAACUUCACCAUCAAGAUCCGUCUGAACGAGUCGGCCCGGAACUUCCGCCAGCUGUUCUCGCACAAUCCGGCCCAGCUGUACCAGCAUCUGAUGAACUGUCUGCACCGCGAACGGCAGUGUGUCGCCUACCCGGAUGAGUGCGUGAACGUGCAGGAUCCGGAGGUGACGGAGGUGUUCAAUGCGGUCCAGCAGCUGCAGAUAAUGGUGCGGACGAACGAGAACGACAACCGCAACCUGAUGAAGGAGUACGAGCAUCUGCUGCUGGAGGUACACGAGCUGCAGAAGAACCGGGCCCAGCUGGAAACGAUCGAGAAUGCGGAGAUGCGAGCGCACGCGCACAACCAGCUCGCCCAGCAUCAGAAGAUGGUGAACGAUCGGUUGCAGCUGUGCACCGGCAAGCGGUUGGCGCUGGUGGACGGGUUCCGCAAGACGAUACUGAUCAUCGACGAGGUGCAGAACAAGGUGCUGAACAAGUAUCUGUCGCAGUGGAAGAUUAACCAGGGUUUCGCCGGGAACGGUGCGUCGAUGAUGAGCGCCAGCAAUCUCGACACCAUACAGGCGUGGUGUGAAAGUUUGGCAGAGAUUAUCUGGAGCACGAAGGAUCAGAUCCGGCUCGCGAUCAAGAACAAGUCGAAGCUGCACGUCGAGCAGGAGGAUGUGCCGGAUCUGUUGCCGCAAGCAAUGGUUGAUGUGACGAACUUGCUCAAGAUGUUGAUCACCAAUACUUUCAUCAUCGAAAAGCAACCGCCGCAGGUGAUGAAGACAAACACACGGUUCGCUGCCACCGUGCGCCUGCUGGUAGGCAAUACGCUCAACAUCAAGAUGGUAAAUCCGCAGGUGAAGGUGUCUAUCAUAUCCGAGGCUCAAGCACAGCAAACGCAACAAACUAACAAAGCUUCCGAACAGUCAUGCGGUGAAAUCAUGAACAACAUCGGCAAUCUGGAGUACAACGAAACGACUAAGCAGCUAUCAGUUAGCUUCCGAAACAUGCAGCUAAAGAAGAUCAAGCGCGCAGAAAAGAAGGGCACGGAGUGCGUGAUGGACGAAAAGUUUGCACUACUCUUCCAGUCCAGCUUUGCCGUCGGCCAUGGUGAUUUGGUCUUCUCGGUAUGGACUAUCUCGCUUCCGGUGGUGGUGAUCGUGCACGGCAACCAAGAACCACAGUCCUGGGCCACCAUUACCUGGGACAAUGCGUUCGCCGACAUCAACCGCAUCCCGUUCCAGGUGCCGGACAAGGUGAUUUGGAACCAGUUGGCCGAAGCACUGAACAUGAAGUUCCGCGCCUCUACCGGACGUUCGCUGACCGCCGAGAAUAUGCACUUCCUGUGUGAAAAAGCGUUCAAAACGAACCUCCCGUUCCCGGUGCCGAACGAUCUGACGAUCAUGUGGUCACAGUUCUGCAAGGAACCGAUCCCGGACCGCUCGUUCACGUUCUGGGAUUGGUUUUACGCGGCGAUGAAGGUAACGCGCGAGCAUUUGCGCGGCCCGUGGAUGGAUGGUAGCAUUAUCGGGUUCAUACACAAGUCGAAGGCGGAGGAUUAUCUGCUCAAGUGCCCCCGGGGUACCUUCCUGCUGCGCUUCUCCGACAGUGAGCUCGGUGGCAUUACGAUUGCUUGGGUGAACGAGGGCAACGACGGACAGCCCCAGAUACUGCACAUUCAACCGUUCACGGCAAAAGAUUUCUCCACCCGUUCGCUGUCGGAUCGUAUACGCGACUUUGACGAUCUCUUCUAUCUGUACCCGAACAAGCCGAAGCAUGAAGCGUUCGACCGGUACACGACACCGGCCGGGCCACCGCGCAACAAGAAUUACAUCGCGUCCGAGGUGCGUGCCGUACUAAUGCCCGGCCCGACCAACAACCAGAUGAACAGCUUCCCGAACACCCCGUCCUACAACAUUCAGUCCCCGGAUGCGUCGCGCGAUACGCCCUCGAGCGGCUACGGUCAGACCAAUUACGGUCAGGUGCCCGAUUUCGAGCUCGAAAAUAUUGGCAUGUUUUCAUCGCAGUACCACUGAGCCGUCGGCAGUACGGGGGUAAUCCACGAGUCGUGCGGCUGGGAGUGAGUGAGUGAGUCCGUCAUUUGGUGGGUUCUGCUACUACUACUACUGCUACUACUACCGCUACUAUUGUUGUUCGGAUGAACGAGAGGAAGAGGACACCAGUGGUAGUAGUAGUGUUCGGUGUGUACAUUUAAGCUGGUAGAGAGCAAAUUUAGCACGGUAGCUUAAGGUUUACGCUACAUUAAGGUACUAGGUUUAGGUCUUUACCAAACUCAGACACACAGCCACACGCAGCUUGCAGCCAAAACACACGCCAUCUGUAUACUGUUCUGUUUCCGGUCGUCCAACGUCGUUCGUACUCCUGGCGUUUUGAGCUUGUGUUGUGUGUAUCGGUAUCGUCCAUUUUGGCUGAUCACCCCUGGCGCUUGGUGAUUAUGGCCGAUCAAUUACCCUACUAAAAAGUCAAAACUACUAGCGCGCCCUCUGUUGCAAAAUUGCGAUUCAACACGAAUCAAAACAACUGUCAGUAUUUCAAUUUUAUUUACUUUUAACCGUUAUGGCAUUUCGUUUUAAAUUACUAGUCAGAUGUCAAAAUCGCUCAAGAAGAAAAGAAAAAAAAAAACUGUACGGGUAGCCCAACCGUACGCAUUUUAUUUUGCAAACUAUAAAUCCUUAAUGCUAAAGCUCCCCUUUUGCUACUAUGACCAUGGUUUCGAGAUGUGUACAGGAGCUUCGAGUUCGGCGUUUCACUAAGUCAUCUUUGUGCCAUAAAAGAAAGCCUUUGAUUUUAAAACAUGUUUCAUUUUAUUUUACUCUCUCGGCUACGACGACGCUGUAGCAUGAGCUCUUGGCUACAGGAGACGACGAUCAAACUCGGUUGAGGUGAGGUGGGUGUGGUGUGAUCUCACGCGGACGACUGUUGCGAAACUAGAAAGUACAGCUAUGAAUUUAAAUGAUAACAAAAAACAAAAACCAACCGUAUAAAUGUCACUUUUGUCAUAUGUUAUGUGUAUGUAUUUUGUGUGUGUGUCAUGCUGUCUCGUGCAAUUAAACUUCAAGUGUAUAAGUACUACUACUACUACCGUUCAAUGGCGAUCGUUGUUUAGAUACUUACAAACAAGGAGAAAGGAUUAUGUGAUGUGCUAGAGUGAUAACGGUGGCGUACUUGUGUGUGUGUGCGUUAAUUCUGAUGUGUAUAAGAAUUACUUGAGUAAGAAAACGGUAUACAUGAUAAUAGAAGACAUAUGUGGACAUAUGUGUGUACAUGUUUUUUUUUUGUUGGCACUUACAAUAUAAAUGUUACUCAGCACUGCGUGCUAAUAUGCCGCAAGAAAAAAGAAAAAGAAAACACACACACGCAAAUAGACACAAUGAAUGUACAUAAGCGUAAACAGUCUAGUGUUUAUAGCAACCAGUAAUGCUGAAAAUGAACCAGAACUAGGUUAAGCACACACUAGUACACAACAAGCAUAAACCCGCACACACUAAUGUCCUUUCUCUUAUGGGUGAUGUGUAAGCGUGUUAGUAUGUGUGUUGGUAGAAAUUCACAGACACACUCAUACACAACACGCACGGCCUAAAAGCCACACAAACAAGCGCUAGCUGAGAGAGAGAGAGAGAGAUAGGAGAGAUAGAGAGAGAGAGAAGGACGAGAGCGAGAGAGAGAAAAGAGCGAGAGUGAGAGAGAAAGAGAGAGAGAAUAAAAAGGAAAUGAUCUUAAGACAAAAGUUGCAGAUAAUAAGGUAUACAGUAGUGAAUAAGGCAUGCAACAAGCGCAGAGCUUAAAUUGACUGGAGUUGCUCACAGAAAUGAUCGGUUUCACAAAAGAAAAAAAAUCUUUUUAACAAAACUAGGCAACGAACUAUUACUUGUGUACACAACAACCACACACACACACAUACAUAUACAUGAUUGUGGACGUAUAUACAUGCAACGUUACAAAAUGGAAUAGCUAAUGUUCUAAAACAAGAAGGAAGCGCACAAAAAGCGCUCAUUUGGUUCCGAUUCAUACAUUGUCAUAUACACUUCCGCCAGGCUCCAUUCGGACAUCCGUCCCAUCGGGCACACCAGGUAUGCUAUUGCUGAUGCAGAACACAACAGAGCAAAGGGUAAUAGAGUAGGGUGUUCAAGGCAAAUGCUGUUCUCCUAUGUUUCUCUGCCUAACUGUGUGUUCUUCCCACCCAUUAUACUUCGAUGUGUAGUAGGUGUGUGUGUGUGAGAUAGAGAAGGAGAGAAAAAAAACAGUGAACAAAAUGAACGGUGCGAGCGAUUACGUAACUAAGGUCCAAUUGAAAUGUGCAAAUUAUUACGACAUAGUCUAUCCGGCGCGUGCGUUUUAAACGUAAAGAAGAAAACUGCUUUGAGAAAAAGCCGUGUUGUUAGCGAGCGUUUACUUGCAGUAGCGUUUUAAGCGAGAGAGAGAGAACAUAUUGCUAUAAUAGGGAAGCGGCAUCAUUAGCUUCUAAGAGUAUGUAAUACAAAACUUACAACGAAUGUUUAGAGAGAGAGAGAGAGAGCGAGAGGCCCGUAGCAGCAAAAAAAACAAACAGGAUAAACGAAAACAAAAUGCAGGUGAAAUGUAGUUGUAAAGUAGCUAAAAAGGAUAAACAAAAUGGCAACGAAUGAGAUGCCGUGUGCUGCUCGGUAGGUGGCGUGUGAGCUGUAAGAUCUUGUAUGCAAAUGACGCCAUUUUGUUUUUCUUAGGUUCAAAUGAGAAACCAUCGUUCUAUAGAGUUCUUCAAGAUUUGAAGCUGUUCCAUUCUCCUGAAUUUCCCCAUCCUUGCUAUAGUUAGGAAUUACCCCUCCGGAAAGCUCUGGAUGAGUCUCCGGAACUGGAGCGUCACAACCAUCGGCAAAUUAUUUAAGAGAUCAUAAUCUUCUAAAGAAAACGUUCUGCAGUACGUUCACAUCGGUUCCCCUGUUCGUUGGACUUAUUCCCCUUAUCCCCUUCCCCCUUAAAUUUUUCCUGAAUGACUGAAAAUAUCCCUCUCACGCUCGAUUAGUGCAAGGACAUGGAUUAUAAUCCUAUAUUCUACAAUAUGGCUAGUAUUUGUUCAGGAACAAACGUCAAAACUGUUUUUGAAGAUUAAGGACUUUCUUCCGAAAAAAGUUCUACUUGUAUGUUCCUCUGCACGGCUCCUUUAGCCAUUUCACUCAAUUCUCCUUUAUGAUUGUAAAGCUCUCCCGAGCGACUGAAAAUGUCCCUCUUUUCUCUGGCCAAUGAGUUGGCACGAUCCUACAGAAAAUGGUGAGCAUUUGUGUACGAAGACGCAACUUUCACACGCCCAAACACACACGCAAUCGUUUUUUAAAUAUUGUGAACCAAUUCAUCUUCUUAUGUACGUGGCCAAUCAAUGAGAGAGAUUAAGGUCGGAAAAAAGAGGGAAGGUAUAUUGAUCUCAUGCAGUGAUGUAUUGGAUCAUAUUGCAGGAAAAACUAAAUGUGCAAGAUUUAAGAAAAACAAAAUACCCUAAAUAGAAAUAGUUGCAAUGAAAACACAAAACCAAUAGAGAGAAAGAGAGAGAUAGAGGAAGAGAUAUAGAGCAAAACGGUGCAAAUAUAAGAAAAAUGAUGCAAAACAUUCAAAGCGAAAAGAGAGUGCAAGGUACAAGCAAAUUCCCAAUAUCCCCUCACUGAUGGGACAAUGUAUGUGUGUUUGAGUGUGCAUAGGUGUGUGUGUAACGCAUCACUUACAAACUAAGUACUGAAAGUGUCUCUUGUCCCAAAGAUAUAGACUGGCUAUUUAAUAUGGCGCCCUUCCCAAUAGAAGAGAGAGAGAGAGAGAGAGAGAGAGAGAAGCAUGCACAGGAUUUAGUAGAGUCCUCCGGAAAUGUGUAGAAUCAAUAAAUCCGGGCUCCCUUAUGCAAGAAAGCAAGCAACCAAGAAGCCCACCCUAGUAUAGGCAAAGCGUAAAUAUUCCAUAAUGACAGAAGGUCAUUGCAAAAUGGCCGCCAACAAACAUCGGCGCACACCGUAAGUCCAUGAACAAGCACACUGGAACUUACACACAUACCCACAGCCUCACAAUACAACGAUCUAUCAUUACGCUCACUAGUCAAUAGUAAUGGGACACUGUAGCAGCAGCAACAGCAGCAGCCUAACAAUUUAUACCCGGAAAGAAGUUUAGCUAGUAAAGCAGCAGCAUACACACUUUGAAGACUCGACGGGCCGAUUAGAGACAGUCGGGUAGCAGAGACAUAUAGUAGAGAGCAGCAGUACGAGUGUGGGGUGUGUUACACACUACCGAUAAUUGAGAUGUGAAAAUUGCGCGUUGUGUUUUAAGUACGGUGGUUUUUUACUCUUAUAAUGAGCCCAACUCGGCUCGGUUGGCCCUCAGUAGGAUAUUUUAAGAGAAAACAAAAAGGAAAAAACAUUUGAAUAUAAUUAACGUUACGAGUUUAAAAAAAUUUGAUAGCGAAUAUAUACACUGUUUUUUUAAGUUCGGUGAAAUUGUUUCUUCCCAGAUCCCAGCGGGGAAAUUCUUGAGGUUCGAUGCUGAUGGCUUUGUUUGCUGUGCUGUUUAGUGUAGCUGCGUCAGAUAGGUAAAAGGUUUUUUUUGUUUGGAUAAUUAGUGAAAAAAAAAUAAGGAAAGCGAUACAUGUUAUGUAUAUAUUAUGCGUUGCUUAAUAUGAAUUAUUCUAUUCUACUGCGAUGAAAGGUGAACGAGAGAACAUUAUACUUAAACACAGCAGAAAGAAUUAGCAUUGUUAAAUGGCUUUUAAACCCGUGCACGUUAGGUUUGUAAUGGUGAAAAACCCAAUGUCGCCUAAACAAAGUCGGUCGGUGUAAAGCAAAAGUAAAGAGUCGUCGGCACAAAGGGAAGGUCACUACAUCCUGUAGCGGGAGGAAACUUAGCAACACUGAUACUACCGAUGCGCGCAUCGGAAGAGACAAACAGUGUACAUUGGCAACGGGCGGCAUCCCCAAUAUUUACAAUAUGGUACGUGUUUUUUGACAACUAGUGUCGGAAUAUGGGUGUAUAAUGCGAGUCUUACUUACCAAAACAAAAAAAUUGUGAAGAGCUUACGGAUCGGUUUCCCUGAUGAAGUUGAAGGACUUUCACAGCGUAGUAAUAUGCAAACAUAUUAGUAGCAACACAACCAAACACACACAUACAUAUAUCCAGACUAAAAGGCCGAGAGCGGAUCCGUCCGUUUUGGGCGUGUGUCCCGAGAAAUCAGAAAGUAACCCUUCCUGUAACACGUGGUCGUGGCACUGGCGGUGAGGCAGUCCUUGAUGUGUUGUGAUUAGUGCAAUUUUGAGGCACGUCUUUUCUGCCAGAGGCACACACCUGUGGUCCACCCUUAUAUACCCCCUUAGCUUAGCGUAUCGGGCUCGAAAGCUCUCGGCCAAAUAUUUGGAAAGCAAACCGGUGUGGACAUGAAGAGGCAGUUAGGUUCAUUCUCAACGCAAUUAUUCAGUCCCAGACAACAAACAAUGAACUUUAACGUUAAAUAAUGCUAAUCGUAUACGAAGCCGAAGUGCUGGAAGAUGCUGGAGGGAGCAGUUAGUUAGUGGAUGCGCAAUCAUGGCCAACGCUGAUGUGGUAUGAUCUGUGUGGUUUCUUGUACUUUGGAAUUGUUGCAAACCCAACACAACACUGUAUCUGUUUAAACAAUAAAAUUCUGUGUAAAAAAA